GGGCCGGUCGGCAAGCGAGAAGGUUAGGGUGUUGAAGCAGUCUCGGCCGCGCGCCCGUCACCCACGUGCUUCUUGUUUACAUCCGAUGUAGCGUUCCCGCGCAAAUUUUUAUUCUGUUCCUCCCAUCCGUCUAAGCUUUGUAAUGAGCGAUAUUAUUUUCCCUUCUUCAAGGAUACAAUACAUUAUGAGUUUGCCAUAUAUUACAUGAUAUAUUAAAAAAAAACAUUUAUAACAUUUCCUUAGAAAUUAAUGCACAAACUAUUUUAUGAAAAUCAAACCAUAAUUCAAACAUACUAUAGUGAAAAUCAAUAUGCAAACAUUCGUGGUUAUGAAAACAUAUAAACAUUAUCAGGCGCUAACCAAAACAUCGAAUAGAUAGCAAACCUUGUUAGAUGGCUCUACACCUGCUUGUCUGAGGCUGAACAAAUGAAACGGAUUCGUUCUGAAACUUACUAUAAGUCUCGAUAGACUCGUGGGACUAAGUUAGUGAUGGUGUUGGGGUAGUGAAUUUACUAAACCCAAAUUAUAACAAGUCUACUAUACGUCAGUUUAUCCACCAUCACUCAAUCCCACCAGUGAUAGAGCGUCAAGUUAGACAAUCAUCUUUGCUAUUUAUUCCACUAGUACAAGUCUCAUCCAGCCAAACCUGCUAGUACAAAUCUUCCUCAUUUCUACCAGACGUGAGCUCUGCCAGAACACGCGUCAACAAGGCGUGAGCUCUACCAGAACACGCGUCUACCAAGGCGUGAGCGCUACUGAGUGAGACAAGCAGUCGUGUACCCAACCAAUACAGGUCAACCAGUCAUCAAUCCUAUUAGAAUAAGAUUCAAUCUAACAUAAACCAUAACUAGGCCGUCAAAACCCCGUAACUACUCAGAGAAAAUCAACUAACAAAGCCACCAACUCCCAGCCAGUUUCUGCGACACUGCUUGCCUCUCACUGAUACUAAACACCACUGGUGUGGAAGAUGACACGAGUGGAUACCCCAGGCAGUCACAGAAGAGUUCUGGGGAAGACCCCCAGCGCCCACAUCAGGUUUUCUGUGAAAGCCUCCUGCGUCUGACCCCAGCAGCCUCCACAUCAGGUGUUCGUGGUCGUACUAUAACGUACUAUACUCCCUCUCGCGUACGUCCCCAACACCCACCUCACGUGCUUUGGGGAAUCUAUUCACACACAAAUCUCAGCUACUACGUCAAGUAUUCUGGGGAAGUCACAAGUAGACUGCUCGAGGACCCACGGUAGCAACACCCAGGCAAGAUGUGUGUACACUCACUGCUACUGCUUCUUACCAUAACGUCACUGGGUGUUGAUGGAGGCGUGCCGGAGGCCGGGCAGGAGGAGGGAGGAGUGGCGCCAGAGAUUGUAGAGGAGCCCUCAGAGGAGAUCGUCCGUCGAAACGAUCCCCUCACACUCUACUGCAAGGCUUCAGGAGCUCCCCAACCCAGGAUACUCUGGUACCGGACGGACUCCGAGGUGCCGCUGCGUGACCGGGACAGCCGCCUGCAGCUGCCUGACGGGUCACUCUUCUUCUACCGAGUGCGUGGACGGGACAGAGGGACCUACUACUGCGUCGCCCGCAGCCCCGCCGGCACCGCCACCUCCAGGAGGGUCAACGUCCAGAUGGCCUUCUUGAGGGAGACUUUCCGCAGGUCGCCCUCAAGCCUCGGAGUGAAGGAAGGGGAGACGGCGGUGUUCGAGUGUGACCCUCCCAAGGGCCACCCUACACCUGUGGUCACCUGGAGGCUCGAUAGACAGGCACUCGUCCUCCCCAGACACAGGUACCGACAGGAGGGCCCGACGCUGGUGGUAUCUCACGUCAUACCAUCGGACGAGGGAGAGUACCAGUGUGUGGUGACCAAUAUGGCUGGCCAGAGGACCUCCAAGCCGGCUCUUCUUACUGUCUUUGAGUCGGCGCGUGUGGGCGGCGUGGUCAAGAGCAUGGUAGGGGUGGCAGGUCACCCCGUAACCCUCCCCUGCUCCCCAACUGGUACUCCAGAACCACAGGUACUGUGGCGUCGGGCUGACGGGCUGAUGCCGGUGGGCAGGGCGUCAGUGGGUCGCGACUGGAGCCUCACCAUCAGCUCCGUCAGCACCAGUGAUCAGGGCAUAUACGUCUGUGAAGCAUCCAACUCCGCCGGGGCUCACUCGGCCAACACCACUCUCCUUGUUGUUGAGCGGCCGAGGGUGGAGGGUGGAGCCCGCCCACGCAUCGCUGUCAUCACGCCCACACACGUCAGGAAGAUCAACUGUCCAGUCACCGCCACGCCCACGCCCAUUGUCUUCUGGGCCAGGGAGACUCACGACCGCCAUGAGGCGCUGCGGGUAGUGGGCGGCCCCCACACUGGUGGCGAGGAGAGCCAGCAGGUGGCGCCAGAGGGACCGCAGGUGGUGGUGUACGACAGCACAGAUGGUGGUGGUGGUGGUGCAGGUGGAGUGAGGGUGGACUCUGAGCACAGUCUUCACGUCACCCCUCAUCAUGAGGGCCUGUGGGCUUGCAUUGCAGCUAAUGAGGUGGGCGGGCUACUGGUGCCAGUGCGGGUAGUGGGCGGGGGCGUGGCCCAUGGCACCGUGGGCGUGGGUGUGGUGGGUGUGGACGAGGUGGAGGCGCGGGCGUCUCUCCUCACGCCCACCUUGGAGCAAGGCUACCCCACUCACGCUUCUCCAACAGCCACCACCGUCACCUGGAGAUUGACGGGUCGAGCGACUCAGCGCCUGGAAGGCAUCUACAUCCUAGGGUGUGAGCGAGGCCGCGGCCUCGUCUCCCCCAGGGUCCAGCAGCAACUCCAGGCACUCGACAUCUCCAUCAACCACAACCAACAUCACAACCAUCACUUCAAGUGGCACUCUUCUCUUCUCCAGCAAACUACUGGCAGUUCCACCCCAUCCACUGUGGAUCAUCUUGGAGGAAGCCGAAGCUCGCGCGCAGACGUCGUCAGUAGAACCCAAACUGAGAACUCAACGGCGAUAAAGCAAAGGGAGAAGGAAGAGGAGGAAGAAGAAGAAGAGGAGGAGGAGGAGGAAGAGGUCGAGGAGAAAGAGGAGGCGUCAGAGAGAUUCUUCUUCAGGAACGCUAGUCCCAGAUGUUCUGAGCUGCGGGUGCUGGGCCACACCUCCUUCCCUGGCAGGCUCUCCUACCAGCUUCAGGGCCUCCGGCCGUAUACCUCCUACUGGCUCCUCCUUCUGCCACAUUACAAGGGCGUCCUCGGCGUGCCCUCCAACAUCCAGCCCUUCACUACCCCUCAGGAUGUUCCGUCCGGAUGGGCGGUGUUGUCCCGAUGGUGGGCGGCGCGGGCGGGGGCCGGACUCUACGCCCUCACCCUUCACUGGACUCACCCACCCCCUCACCUGCUUCAUGGAGUCCUUCAUAAGUACCUGGUCACAGUGAAGGAGAGUGACACGGGAGUGACCCACAACGUGACUGUGCUGGGUCACCUCACCUCACUCACGCUACCCAACGUGACCUCGUCUCGGGUCGAGGUCAUCUUGACGGCCUCCACCAUCAAGGGCCCAGGGCCUCCCUCCCCUCCUGCGAGACUUAACCUCCUCAGGACACACUUGAAGGACCCUGGCGUAGGAGUAGGAGUGGUGAGAUCGGCGUGGUUCCUGGUACUGGCUGGGGGUGCGGUGGCCAUGUUGGUUAUGGUAGUGGGCUGCACUCUGGCGGCCAGAUGGUGCACUACAGGCAUGCGGCACUCACUGUCCUCAGAAGUAACCAAAGGGAAGAAGGUGUGUGGUGUGGGGGGCCCGUGGGUGGACGUUGGGAGUCUCUGGGCCCCUGUGCCCUCCCACGACCUCAGCUCUGAUAAGUCUGACAGGAAGCUCCUUGCCUCGAACGGGUCCUCCUCGGCUGCUGGCUACGUCGAGGUGGAGGCUGUGGGCUCUCAGCUCAAGGAUGACGUUGGCUCCAAGGCCCGGCUGAGAGAUUCAUGGCGUCCAGGGUUCCUGUGCGCCACUCCUUCGUCCUCCCUGGGGUCUUCUCAGCGGAAUAAGCACCUCGUACAGCAGACUGAGUCUCUACCUGCACGGAGUGAGAAGGCACAGUCAAGCCCUGCUAGUGUGGUCCGUCGCCACACUGGCACCUGCUACACCACCUCCGCCGCCCGCACCAGCUCCUCCAGCUGGCGAGACUCUGACACAAGCACCUGGUACACCGGGGACUAUUGCAGCUGCUGCCGCGAUGAUGUCAACCUCCCGCCGGCGCAGGAGUCCUUUUCCGGCCCCUCUUCAGGCUGCUCCACCGUCCUCCACUUGAACUCUGCUCGAGGUGACCUCCAGGUCUACUCUCCCGCUGUGGAGUACCAGUACAGUGGCCUCAGCACCGAUGUGUACGAGGUGGUCAAUGCCUAUGAGGAAGCGUCUGUCCCAAAACAGUCUGUCAAGCAUCGUCCACGGCUUCCCUCCCGCCGAGAUCUCCAGCACCUCACACUUAACACAGAGUCCGCCACCGACCUCUCCAUCAGCUGCUACGACGACGACGACGACGACGAGGACGACGACAACGACAACGAUAUAACUCAGUCUUGCAGCGACACCGAGGCAUCGUUCUUCAUUCCCCACGAGAGAAAACGCCAAUCAAGUGGAGAAGGAAACGGUAAAGAAAAUGGUUCACUGAGCUACGAUAUCCAGAGAUCAACCUGUAGUGUGAUUCGCUCAAAUCACGUUCCAGAGGAGGACGACUACCAAAGAGAAAUUCAGAAACUUGUCAAGGAAGGACAAAGUCAGAGAGACGUACACAGCUUGUCAAAUACCUUAAAAUAUCCAGACCAAAACAUGGAGUUAUCUUCGACGUCCAACACCUCCACCUUCAACACAGCGGUAGCAGACGACUUGGAGACGUCUUCGACCAGAAGAGCAAGCUGCCGAUCCUCCAUUUCACAGGACAGCUUGGAGGAGCAGUUCGAGAGAACACUGAGCAUGAUCACACACGGGGGAUCAGUCAGUCUGGACUCUGACUACCCGACGACGUCCGUUUAUAACUAGGGUAACAAUAGUGGGAUGACAGAGGGGCUCUAGUGGGCUGCCAGAGGUACAAUACAUCAAAAGACUUAACAGUGUGAUGUUUAAAGACAGGAACAAUUGUGUGUGUUUACUCUCCACUGUCUAAUGCUGAAUGCUGUUAAAUAUUAUGCAAAAACUAUUAGAUCUUUAGUUUCUGUUAAAUACCAAGAAAAAUAAAGCCACUGGUAAGUGUCGUGCCUGACACUUCAGCUGAAAUGGCGAGUUUCCUGUCUGGAAAUUAUUAAUAUAAUUUUUUUUAAGUUUAUAUUAUUUCUCUGUGUAUAGAUAAAUUUGUUUAAAAAUAAGCUGAGCACUCGAACGUUCAUGAACAUUUACACAAGAGGAACUUUACCCAAAAAAUGCUGUAAUUUGUGAGUCAUUUGCAUAGUGUCACAACCUUCCCUAAUGUAUAUGGAACACUUCGCUACUUUACAUUUGGAAGAAAAGUUGCUCGAUCAGUGUUACCAUAAGAACUGCAAUAUAUGUGUUAGGUGGCUGGUAAGGGACAAUAAAAUAUCAGAAAGAUUAUCCUAAAACCAGGAGUCAGAUUCAUUCAUGAGCCCAUGUGUUGUUGUGGCCUUUACGCCGACCCCUCCGGCGUGUUUUGUGUGACUCAGUGACAGUCGUGACAUCUGCAGACAUGCCGAGCGACUCUCAUGGGUCUUCAGUAGCUACAAAGGCGAGAGAAAGUGAAGACGAACACUCUGGAAGACGGGGAAUAACCAUAUAAUCAGCCCCGAGAGGUCGAUGCGUCUUUAUGUGGCGUGCAAACAUAAACAGUGUAAACAGUGGGCUGUACUAAGCAACUCGGGUGGGAGAUUAUAAACAUUGACUUGCGUACUAUGCACAUUCGCAAUUGAAACGAAGCCUAUUAUUAUUAUUAUUUGAUAUUUACGUUAAUUACAUAUUCAAGAGCGACAUCCCACACAAGAAGCAUCUACAUCAUCUCACAAGAGUUGUAAUGCAGAAUCUUUUUUUCUCUUAUGUUGAAACCUAAUUUUUCGACAAGACACCAUAGGCCUGACUUGCGUAAUGUAAAAUUCAGAUGAACAUAAACAGACAAGAGUUCUGAUAACAAGUGCAGAAGUUUUAGGUAUAAUACGGUUUAGUUCAGUAAUAUCACCUGGAAAUGCUAAUUAAAACGUCACUAAUACAAUGACAUAUGAUGUAUUGUUUGUGAGCCAUUUUUUGGCUGUAUUAUCUGUUAGAUAUAUUGAGUCUGUAUUUGUGAACACAUUAAGGUUGUAUUUGUGAGACACAUUCAGACUUCACACAGACACCUCGCCAAAUUUGGUGAUGUGUCAAGUCAGAAAUAGCGCGAGAAGGGAAGACUUAGAUACGAUAUUAGGUAUUUAUUGAAAGCAAUACAGAGUUGUGAUUCCCAGUUAAAAGUUAUCAGUGCAGAAGGUGAUCGUGCCAAAGUAAGACUUGGCACUGGAUAUCGUUAUGUUGUUUCAAGUGCCAAUCGUGUUUCCUUCAUUUAAUGUUUCCAUAAAGUGUGUCAAAGUCGGCGUCCAUCAGUCUUUAUUUUAUUUUUAUACAAAUAGACAACAAUACCCCACAAAAAUAAAUUAUUCCUGGAUACCACUGAGGCGUUUGUGUGUAAGUGUCGAUCACGUGAAGGUGUGAAAAGCCUGGGGUGUGUGAAGUGUGGUUCAUUCCCCGCCCACCACUGGCCAGUCCGCCCACCACUGGCCAGUCUACUCAUCGCUGGCCAGUCUACUCAUCGCUGGCCAGUCUACUCAUCGCUGGCCAGUCCACCAGCUGGUUCACUUCCAGACCCACUUCGAUCCAUACCUCCCCCUCAUACCGCCUGGUCCAAUUCCAAUCUCGCUCUAUAACAUCGCCGAGACCUACACCAACUGUAACAAGAGCUGGUCUAGCUCCAGGACCCCGCCUCUACACCCUCUAACACCACCUGACUCUUCACCAGCUGACUGUAUCAGCAGCGGCUUCCGUUCCUCGCUCCACACCACCGCCAUCAACCUUAUGACAACUCUCACGUCGCCGGAAUAAGACUUUACCAAAUCAUUUAUCCUGUGUCGUAGACAUGUAGCAAUAGCCAUUUUGUAUCUGAAGCAAUAUUGUGGUGCAUGGCUGCUGUGGUGUUGUCUUCAGCCCAUGUUGAUGAGGUCUAACCAAUACCACCGAUUAUGUAUCAAACUUGUAUCAUACUAUCAUACUCAAAAUGCUCAAGGAAUCAUAUCAGAGGAAUGUACAACUUGUGACUAUAUUUUACUGCUGCACAUUUGUAUGUCGUAAUUCAAUACAUAUAUGUGUGUAUGAGUCAUUGUGUUUUAUGCCUGUAUCUAGAAUAUGUCGACACUUCCUGGUGAGGUGACGGUCACCAAAUUUACAUACUAAAUCCUGCUCACACAAUGGGCUACAGUAGCACAGGCCUAAAUCAUUAUUCCACCCAACUCACAAAAUGUACCAAAGUAGCCUAAGCCUAUAUCCCGUCAUUCCACCCUACCCACACGAUGUAUCAAAACAACACAGGCCUAAUGGUUGUUAUUUUUCUUAGCAUAGAGGAAAAUCAGC